AUGGGGUGCAGGCGCACGGACGUCCCGAUCCGUCGAGGGUCGCUGCCAGAUGACAUGUUCCUCUUUGUAAACCCUGGCUCUGGUGGCAACAAGGGUCAGGUCUUCCUGAAAGCCCCAAAGCCCUUCAUCGUCGAUGUGGACGGUGGCAAGAAGGUUCAGCUCCAUGUCUUCAGCAUGUUGGAGGGCGACAGCGGAAACAAACCGGGCUUUCGCAAGCUUAAGGAGGUGAUCGCCAAGCGCGCCGCCACGGGCUUGCCCGUGGUGCGUGCGGUGGUCGGUGGCGGCGACGGCACCGUGAUGUGGGCCGACUCGGAGGGGCAGAAGCAUGGUAUCGACACGCCCAAGCAGGUGGCGUGGGGCAUCGUGCCCUUGGGCACUGGCAAUGACUUUUCCCGAGUCGCUGGCUGGGGUGGAAACAAUCCUGAGGGCGUGGAUGCCAACGACUUCGAGCUGCUCAAAGACUUGGUGCGGCAGUGGGACCGAGCCAAGGUUCGACACCAUGACGUUUGGGAGGUGUCGGUGAAUCUUGACGAAUCUGAAGGGAAGCUCUUCAAGAUCGGCAAGACGCAGGUGGAAGAGGACCUCAAUGUCACCAGCAAGACCUUCCACAUGGUGAACUACUUCUCCAUUGGUUGGAACCUCAAAGGGUAG